AGUAUCUUUGGUUAUAUUUAUAGUUAUUUUCUUAAUAACAUGUAUCGAAGAUUUCUUAAAGGAAGACUCAAUGAUCUAUUACAAGUUGUUGAUAACGUUUAUUGAUUUUGAACGUCACCUCGAAGCAUUCGCUUUUUACGUGUUCAUAAAAUUAAUAACUGAUAGACUAGAUAUAGUAAACAAAUAUUUAGCAAAUCACAGUCAUAUGAAGAAAAAUUGUAUUAAUGUCAAUAAUAAAUAUAAAGCAAAUAACAAAAACAUAUUUUAUAUUGGAACCUUUUCUGGUAAAAAUACUAAAAUUAUAAUGCUAGCUAAUGUAUAUAAUGUUAUCAGUGAUGCAGUCUGUUUGAUAAACCAAAUUUUUGAAAUCCAAAUAUUUUUGACUAUAGUUUCCACGUAUAUAUUUAUCAUUAUUACAUUAUGGGAGUCCGUUUAUUUAUCCCACACAAAGAAACUGUCGAAGUCGUUGAUAACUACAAUUUUGCAAUGUGCAGCCGAACUAAUUUCAAUAGGGCUCAUGUCCUAUAUCUGUGAAACAAUGACUUUAAAACGAAACUCAACUAGGAAAUUCAUCAAUGAGCUGAUAAUGGAUUAUGACCUGCCGCAAUCUAUAAGAUACCAAGCCAAAUCAUUUAUGGAAUUAAUGGCAGUACAGCCACUAGAGAUAAAUGCAUUUGAAAUGUUUACAUUAAAUACAAAAUUAAUGCUUAAGUUCAUAAGUGUUAUAACAACGUAUCUAAUUGUUAUAUUACAAAUAUCA